GUUAAUUUUUUCUUCACAGCAACAUUUUGCUUCUGUCGGCAGCAUCGCUCAAGGAUCUGCCUACUUAGAAUAGCGCUGUAGCUCGGAGGUUGAAACACAUUGAUAGAAAAAGAAAGGCGAGGGGUUUGUGUGAUUUAGUAGAGAGCGAGCGAGAGAGAGGGGAAGGGAAAAGAGAGUCAGCGAAAGAGAUACAGUGAAUCCGGGCGACCGUUAAUUUAAUUCACACCGUCUUGAUCGAGUGCGGUAGACGGUCGGUAACGUAUUGUUGCAACAUCCCCUCCGGUCCACCCCCGCGUGAGUCCCGGGGAAUACAGGAGCGUGAAGAAGUAUCAUUCAUGCCUACUUUCGACAUGGAUCCCUAUGAUGGAGAUGAAAACAAUUAUAUGCCUCAGGAAGAUGACUGGGACCGGGAUAUGCUGUUGGACCCGGCGUGGGAGAAGCAGCAGAGGAAGACGUUCACGGCCUGGUGCAACUCCCACCUGAGGAAAGCAGGAACGCAGAUCGAGAACAUCGAGGAGGACUUCAGAGACGGACUGAAACUCAUGCUGCUGUUGGAGGUCAUAUCAGGAGAGCGCUUGGCCAAACCAGAGAGAGGGAAGAUGAGAGUUCACAAGAUCUCCAAUGUCAACAAAGCUCUCCACUACAUCACCAGUAAAGGAGUCAAGCUGGUGUCCAUCGGAGCUGAGGAGAUCGUCGACGGCAAUGCUAAAAUGACCCUGGGAAUGAUCUGGACCAUAAUCCUUCGCUUCGCCAUCCAGGACAUCUCUGUGGAAGAAACAUCAGCCAAAGAGGGUCUUCUUCUGUGGUGCCAGAGGAAGACUGCUCCCUACAAGAAUGUCAACAUUCAGAACUUUCACAUUAGCUGGAAAGAUGGGUUGGGAUUCUGUGCUCUCAUACACAGACACCGUCCAGAGCUCAUUGACUAUGGCAAGCUGCGCAAGGAUGACCCCAUGACUAACCUGAACACAGCCUUCGACGUGGCAGAGAAGUACCUGGACAUUCCCAAGAUGUUGGACGCUGAGGACAUCGUAGGCACGGCCCGCCCAGAUGAAAAGGCCAUCAUGACCUACGUGUCUAGCUUCUACCACGCAUUCUCUGGCGCUCAGAAGGCGGAGACUGCAGCCAAUCGGAUCUGCAAGGUGUUGGCUGUCAACCAGGAGAAUGAGCAGCUGAUGGAGGACUACGAGAAGCUGGCUAGUGAUCUCCUGGAGUGGAUCCGUCGCACCAUCCCGUGGCUGGAGAACCGUGCUCCAGAGAACACCAUGCAGGCGAUGCAGCAGAAGCUGGAGGACUUCAGGGACUAUCGACGUCAACACAAGCCCCCCAAGGUCCAGGAGAAGUGUCAGCUGGAGAUCAACUUCAACACCCUGCAGACCAAGCUGAGACUCAGCAACAGACCUGCCUUCAUGCCCUCCGAGGGGAAGAUGGUGUCGGACGUCUCUAACGCCUGGGGCGGUCUAGAAGGGGCGGAGAAGGGUUAUGAGGAGUGGCUCCUCAACGAGAUACGCCGGCUGGAGAGACUCGACCACCUGGCCGAGAAGUUUCGUCAGAAAGCAGCCAUCCACGAAACCUGGACUGAAGGUAAGGAGGUGAUGCUGCAGGCGCGGGACUUUGAGACGGCUUCUCUGUCUGAGAUCAAGGCUCUGUUGAAGAAACACGAGGCCUUCGAGAGCGACCUGGCCGCGCACCAGGACCGCGUAGAGCAGAUAGCUGCCAUCGCUCAGGAGUUAAAUGAGCUGGACUACUAUGACUCCCCCAGUGUGAACGCUCGCUGCCAGAACAUCUGUGACCAAUGGGAUGCCCUGGGAGCCUUGACUCAGAAACGCAGCGAGGCUCUGCAGAGAACUGAGAAGCUUCUGGAGACCAUAGACCAGUUGUAUCUGGAGUUUGCCAAGCGAGCUGCUCCGUUCAACAACUGGAUGGAGGGAGCCAUGGAGGAUCUGCAGGACACCUUCAUAGUUCACACCAUAGAGGAGAUACAGGGUCUGAGUACAGCCCACGAGCAGUUUAAAGCCACUCUCCCUGAUGCGGAUAAGGAACGCGGUGCCAUCCUGGGAAUCCACAAUGAGAUCGCCAAGAUAGUGGCCACCUAUCAUGUGAACAUGGCUGGUACCAACCCUUACACCACCAUCAACCCUCAGGACAUCAACGCCAAGUGGGACAAGGUGAGACAGCUGGUGCCACAGAGGGACCAGGCCCUGAUCGAGGAGCACGCCCGCCAGCAGAACAACGAACGUCUCCGGAGGCAGUUUGCCAACCAAGCCAAUGUCAUCGGGCCCUGGAUACAAACCAAGAUGGAGGAGAUUGGUCGUAUCUCUAUCGAGAUGCACGGAACCCUGGAGGAUCAGCUGACCCACCUCCGCCAAUACGAGAAGAACAUCGUCAACUACAAGCCAAAGAUCGACCAAUUGGAGGGAGACCACCAGCUGAUUCAGGAAGCUCUGAUCUUCGACAACAAACACACCAACUAUACCAUGGAGCAUAUCCGUGUGGGCUGGGAGCAGCUCCUGACCACCAUCGCCAGAACCAUCAACGAGAUCGAGAACCAGAUUCUGACGCGGGAUGCCAAGGGCAUCAGCCAGGACCAGAUGAACGAGUUCAGAGCCUCCUUCAACCACUUCGACAGGGACCACUCAGGCACUCUGGGGGCUGAGGAGUUCAAGGCCUGCCUGAUCAGCCUGGGCUUCGAUAUAGCCAACGAUGCACAGAAGAAAACAGGGAUGAUGGAAGCUGAAGACUUCAAAACCUGCCUUAUCUCCCUCGGUUACAACAUGGGUGAAGCAGAGUUCUCUCGCAUCAUGAGCAUCGUGGAUCCCAACCGGGUGGGCGUGGUCACGUUCCAGGCCUUCAUAGACUUCAUGUCCCGGGAGACGGCCGACACAGACACCGCUGACCAGGUCAUGGCCUCCUUCAAGGUCCUGGCUGGGGACAAGAACUACAUCCUGGCCGAUGAGCUUCGUCGUGAGUUGCCUCCUGACCAGGCAGAGUACUGUAUUGCCCGCAUGGCUCCCUACGCAGGCCCCGACGCGAUACCCGGUGCCCUCGACUACAUGUCCUUCUCCACCGCACUCUACGGAGAGAGUGACCUCUGAGUGACCUUUGACCCCUAACAUGUGAGGUCGCUCACCAGCCUACCUGCUCUUACCACCGCCCCCCGCAAGACCCUCCUACUGCCCCAACACCGCAGCUCUGCUCUAGCAUAGGUGCCAGAUCUGUUUGUGUUGUCUUACCCAACUCAUUGUUGUCACGCCAGUUUAGCAAAACACAGAUCUGGCAUCAGGCUAGCCCUGCUCUAUAAUGCUCAAAACAGCACAGACAAAUCUGGCAUCAGGCUAGCCCUGCUCUAUAAUGCUCAAAACAGCACAGACAAAUCUGGCAUCAGGCUAGCCCUGCUCUAUAAUGCUCAAAACAGCACAGACAAAUCUGGCAUCAGGCUAGCCCUGCUCUACAACGCUCAUAACAGCACAGACAAAUCUGGCAUCAGGCUAGCCCUGCUCUACAACGCUCAUAACAGCACAGACAAAUCUGGCAUCAGGCUAGCCCUGCUAUACAACGCUCAUAACAGCACAGACAAAUCUGGCAUCAGGCUAGCCCUGCUCUAUAAUGCUAACAUGUUUUUUCUAUGUUCCUGGCCUUAUCUUAUAUGUCAUAAUCAUCUUGUCUGCCCACCCCCCCUUCCUUUUCCACUCAUUCCCCCCUCCGCCAACCCCUUUACUGGUGUAGGCUGAAGUUGCCCCUAGAUGCUGAUCUGGGGUCAGUUUAGCACUUUCCCCACUCUAGUAGUUAGUUAGGAUUGAGGGAGUGAAAGCUGAUCCUAGAUCUGUACCCAAGGGAAACUUCACCCCCGGACGGAGCAAGCCCCUUCCCUCCCUCAUACUUUGUCUCAGUUGGACUCGCUUCCCAUGCAGCAACACUCUCCAGGUUUACAAAAAGGGAGAGAAAUGUGUUUUUAUUUUUCUUGUUAUUGUUUUUCUUCAUAAAAUGAAUAAAGCUAACAUAUUUUAUUAUACAGAACAAAAAAAGGUAUUUUUCUUCACCUGGUAAAAAAAAAAGAAAGAAACAACAAUUGAAAUAAAGAUAAAUUGCUAUACUUGGUC